UGUUUACAAAUGACGCUGUAUUCACUCUGUCGUAGACCUAGGUGUGACCACUGUGGAGAAUAAUACCAACCAUGAGACGGAAUGCUGGAGCGACAGCGGCGCUUCUCCAGAAAGCGAACAGCCAGCUACGUGGAGAGAAAAUAGAAAAACCUGAAGAUGAGUUGAAUGCCUACAUCAGCUCAUUAACACAGAAGACAGUGAAAUCUCAAAAGUCUGUCAACUUUGAAGACCUUGGGGAAAGCAUCUCUAUAAGCAGUGAUAUUGAAGAAGUUAAACCCCAGGCAGUUGCAUCAGUUGGAAGCAAGUUUUUGAAAAAGAAGCCUGGCCAAGAUACAAUAGACUCAAGCCCAGCAGGAAAUAACAAUACAGCUGGCAGCAAGUUUCUGAAGAAGCCCCAAACAUCUGCUGUGUCUCCAAGUCCAGCGGCUUCAACAGUAAAACCCAGGUAUGGUGGUCAGUCUGCAGCCAGUUCAGGUCAGUCGUUUGGUCGCCCAGGCAGUCAGCAGUCAGGUGGACGGCAGGUGUCAAGCGCCCUGGACAAGGCUUCAGCCUUGACCGGCAAGUUCCAACAGAAAUCUGCUGUCAGGAAGUCGUACACUCUGGACUCUGAGAGUGAUGAGAGUUAUGGCAACUUGAAGCUGUCAGCUGUUGGUGAUCAGCUGUCAGACUCAGUCACAACUGAGAGUGUGAAGAUUGGACGAGAUGGUGGGAAGUUCCUGAAGAAAGCCACUCCCUCCCCGGCAGCAGCCACACCCACUCCGGCAAGGGAGACAACUAAACAAAAUGAGGCAACAAAACCAACACAGCCAGGUUCGGGCUGGCGGCCAGGACAGAGUGCUACAACACCACAAAAGAAAGCUUCCCCCUUCCAACUGAAGAGCUCUAUGAAGUACUCAACCGAUGUUAUUCUUACCUCCGAAGAGGAGAGCCUGGCAGAGUUUGUGGGUGGUCUCCCUUCCUCCUCUGACAGCAUGGAUAAACCAAAGCAACAGCACAAACGUCGUCCAGCUCGGCACACCCCCUCCCCACCACUGAAAGUUGGACGUGGCCACCGAAGCCCCUCCCCUACUGGUCAACCAAAGCCCUCAGCUAAGACCCCAAGCAAGCAUCGCUCCCCCUCACCCCAGAGUAAGCCUCCCAUGAUUCGCCGUACCCCCUCCCCGAGCCCCAGGGCAGGGGACAGGAACUCCCCAGGGUUAAGGAGAAGGUCCCCCUCCCCAAGAGUGUUGAGGUCAUAUUCAGAUGAUUCCAAUGUAGCAGACUCAAUCAUUGACGAAGUGGCGGAGGAGUUUGACUUCGGAAUGAAUGUGAUAAUGGACCUUGAUGAUUUGGGACCCACAGUCGAGGAAGACCUCCCACCAAGACCCGAGACCCCGCUCUCCCGCAGUGACUCGCCCGUACGCUCUACUGCAAGAAAAUCAUCCAGAUCGGGGGCCAAAUCACCGAAUCAAGGAAAGAAAAAAGAUAAAGGGAAGAAAUCUGUUGAAAAAGAUACUUCCCCAUUUAAGGCUAGUGGGAAAAAGGACAAAUCGCCAUUAAGAGCGAAUGAAUCUAGCCAAUCACCGUUUAAAGCAAAUGACAGAGAUUCCCCAUUUAAAGCGAAUAAGGAAAAUAAAUCUCCUUUCCGUGCGGCUGAAAGUGCGAGUCCCUUCAGGGCAAGGUCAGAUGAUUCACCAUUUAGAGCGAGUAACGAAGGCUCAGUGUUUAAAUCUUCACAUGAAGAGAAUUCUCCUUUUAAAUCCGGCAAAAGUUUGAAGAAAGGAAAAGAUAGAAGUGAAAAGUCAGAAAGGUCUGAUGGUAGGUCGAAAAAGAAGGGGAAAAAGUCGGAAAAGUCUAGUAAAAAGAAAGACAGUGGUAAAGAUGAUGACUUUUUCGGUACAUUUAAUCUUCAGACCGUUGAUGACUUGCUUGGUCAUCAGUCAGGAAAAGACAGUGAAUAUGAUGACUAUGUUAAAAGUGAAAUUGAAGAAGUGCCGAGUGAAAUUUCUGAAAUACACACUGAGCAUACUAAAACUAACAUCAGAUAUGAUGACAGUGCAACUGAAAUACCGUCAGAAAUCGAAGAUGUUCGACCAACUGUGGCAACAUACACUGAUGACUUUGACAGUGUCUCUGAACGGAUAGGUUACAGCAGUGAUAGGCGUUACUCUUCGGCGUCGGAAGUGAAAACUCGAUACAGUGGGGAGGAUUCGGUGGCCAGUUAUACGGAGUACAGUACGGAAUCAGAUACAGAGACCUACACAGAGACGAGGUCAAAAUCAGAGCAGUCAGAAUAUGAUUCAUAUUCUGAGGACUUUACGAAAAGCCUGGUGCCCUCAAACACCACACGAUCUGACAUCACCCCCCGACAACCCCGUGGGAUGACCACAGAGGGAGUCCAGACCUCCCUGGAGGGGCUUUUGUUCUCUUGGAACACCCAAGGGACUGGGCUCUCAUUUCCAGGUGCGCCCUAUGGGCUUGGCUUUGUAGACCCCACACCCAUAGCGGCACACGUGGUCUCUGCCGAUGCACUGGAAGCCAUGACAUCAUAUAGCCCAGCCAUGUUAGCCCUCCAUGACAUGUUAAAGUCACAGCUGGACCUAACGAGGGAGUUUAUUGCCAUGCAGAAACACAUACAAACCCAGACGACGGAGAAAAUCCAGCCUCGGUACCAGUAUACUACACUCGAAGAUACUAAAAAGUAUAUCAAACAGCACAAGAAAAAGAAGCUUUCCUUUAAAGAAGCCCUCAGACUCGUUGACAUGGAUACAGCAAGGCAAGGCAAGCGAUCCUGAUGUCUCUCAAAGUAAUUGAGAUGGAUUCAAGCUUUGAUUUAGUUUUAGGCUAGGAUAAUAAUUUAGCAUUCACACUUGUAUAAUGUACAUACAGUCAACGCCCAUUGGCUUCAACUCCCAUGGACCGGUGAAAAUACCUAGAGCCUUGGAAAAUUCAAGCCAAGCAAGAUUGUUUAUCUUCAGUGUAAAGAAAUUGGUCCAUUACAUCUUGUUUGAGCCAACAAGGAAUUUGAGCCAAGCGAGUUCGAGCCAACAGAGUUCGACUGUACUUGUAUUGAGAUUGACUGAGAAAGCUGUCUAGUUGUACUGUCAAACCCUGUUGGCUCGUACUCGCUUGGCUCGAAUUCCUCAUUGACUC